AUCCCACCAGUGCUAUCCUGUUUUUCUGUUUCUGAGGCUACACAGACUUGGAGGCCGGCCGCCCGGCGUGUUCCUGCCCACUUCCUGCCCCUCCCUCCUCACAGCCACGCUGCUCUCUGCGAGCAGUUCUCCAGCUGCGAUCUCUAGCACGAUUUGCUGAAAAAUGUAAGCAAACAUUGGCCUCGUCUUGCACGCGUCCAUACACCUUGGCCUUGCAAGCUUUCCUCUGCCGCCUCCAUCUCGUCCCUCGAGGAGCUCACCAGAUGGAGAAAGAAGAAUAUGAACAGGUUGCCCCGGACAACUGUCCAGGAGAACUGUCUCAGGAUCCUGCAGGACAGCUGUCAGGAGGUAGCACUACUUCCCUCGCCGAAGGGACACACGAGCCAGGUACAGAUGGGGAUCACCGGAUGUGCAGGUGGGACAGUGCUCCACCACCUGCUGUGCCUGCAGAGAUUGACCCACCUCAGCCACCACUGGAGGGCCUUUGGGGCGAGAGGCAGAGGCAGCGGACCCCGAGGCGACUGCGGCUCCUGCUGGUGGGGAAAACCGGAAGUGGGAAGAGCGCGACAGGAAACAGCAUCCUCGGCCGGGAGGUGUUUGAGUCCAAGCUCAGUACCAGACCCGUGACCCAGGCCGCCCAGACCGGGAGGCGGGAGUGGGACGGCACGGAGCUCGAGGUGACCGACACGCCCGACAUCCUGUGUCCGCAGGGCCAGCCGGGCGCGGCCGCCGUGCGCCAGGCCCUGGCCGCCUGCGCCCCCGGGCCGCACGCCGUGCUGCUGGUGGCGCAGCUGGGCCGCUUCACCGAGGAGGACCUGCGCGCCGUGGCGCGCCUGCGCGAGGUCCUGGGGAAGAAGGUGCUGGCGCACACCGUCCUGGUGUUCACCCGGAAGGAAGACCUGGCCGGCGGCUCGCUGGACGAGUACCUGCGGGAGACCCAGCACGAGGCCCUGGCCCAGCUGGACCUGGAGUGCAUGAGGCGCCACUGCGGCUUCAGCAACCGGGCCGCGGCCCCGGAGCAGCGGGAGGCCCAGCUGCGGGAGCUCAUGCGCAAGGUGGAGGAGAUCUUGUGGGAGAACGACGGCCGCUGCUACAGCAGCGAGGCUUGCCAGCACGCCCAGCGAAACUCUCUGCUCAGAGAAGUGCAGCAAAGACAGACAACCCAGGGGCAAGGCUCGGAGGAAGCGCUCCUCCAAGAGUCCGGCUGGAAGGAAGGGCUGUCCCCGAUUCAGAGGAAUCAGAAGAUUCCCCGGCGCCUGCUGGGGAGGGUUGACCCUUUGAGCCUGUGCUGGACUUGAGCAAGGGACUCCCUCAGCGCCUGCACCCCUGUGUCCGACCCCUGUUGCUCUGUCUAUUCCUUCCAGCGCUGCCCGGUCUCCAGGCCAUGACGUCUGGUGUGGUGAGAGAGGAAGGGGGCUCGAGGAUGGGGCCCAGAGUGCCCAGCUCACAUCCCAGGUCCUUCAUUCCUCUUCCAGAACAUUUGGGGCCUCUGCACUCUGUGCUCCAGCAGCACCCUGUCCGCAUAUGGGACCUUCCAUCUCAUGGUAUUGCAUUUCUCGGGGAUACUUGUCUGUGCCGUGACAGAAUAAAAGCUUCUUGAGGGCA